AUGUCGAAUACACAUGCUAAGAACGAACAACAAACGUUUUUAACAGCGUUACCAGAUGGAAAUGAAAGAAAGGAAAUUGAAAAUACACGUAUACUCAUUUCAGCAGAAGAAAAUGACGACGAUCUUGAUAUUGAUAUUAAAACAUCAUCAUCCGAUACAGAUGAUAAUGACGAAGUAAACUCAAUGAUGAAUAAUGAGCAGCAUAAAGCUCCUGACACCAUCCAAGAACAACAUAAAAAUUCAUUACAAAUUGUUCAAACAAACGAUGGCUAUAGAAAAUCAGAAGAUACAGAUGUGCUACCAAUUUUUAACGAACACAAUACUACCAUAAUUCCUCGUUCUCUGUACGAUUAUGCUGCAACAGUUCAUGAAAUGUUCGAAUCGCCACGCUAUUCAAAACUACAUCACGAUGUAUCCACAGUUCUCGGAUCUGCGGAUCCACCACCAGGUUUUGGCUUUUUACAUCCAAGAUUUUAUUAUUUGGAACAAAAAAGACCAGUGCCAAUGCAACCAUUAAAAGUUUGGCGAGGAUACAAUGGACAUGUUUAUUUUGAGCCAAUUAAAUGUACACGUUUAGAAAAUGAACGUGAGACGGCUAGUGUGAACAUGAAUGAUACACCAUUGGAAAUAGAUAAAAAUUCAAAGCGUCGUUCUUUAGCACACAAUAUUCACACUCAUCAACAGCAAAUAAAACGUUCUCAUUCAACUUUAUCACCACAAAAACAGAAAACAACAGUUGGUACUUGUAGUAAUAUGAGUACACACGAUGUUCCAUUGACUAUCAAAAAAGAAAAAGUUCUUAUAUCAAAUCAAUCAACAACUACUUAUUACGAACAUCAACGUAGACAAAAUCUUAAUUCACAAUUUUCGAACCAUUCAUUGCCAAAUGAUGUCUGUGUUGGUGUUGAUGAAACAUUAUCAAUCAUUGAAUCAUCAUCAAAAUUAAAUAAUAAUACAUUAGAAACAUUUAUCCAAGAAGAAUUGAACGAAAGUAUGUGGCAAUCAGUUAAAUCAUGCGCACCUACUAAAACAAAACCUACAUCAAAGCGCAGUAAACAUUUGAUUGAAGAUGCACAAAAUACACAACAAGAGCAAAGUAUUCAAGAUUCAACGGUAUAUCAUCGACAAGUGUUGCCCAAUAUUAAAGCAAUACCAAAAUAUAAAAAUGUUUAUAAGGGUUUAGCAUAUAAAGAAGGAAAAAAACUUUCUAAUAAUAAUUUUGAAAACGAUGCGUCAAAACCAUUAGUCUCCUAUAAUCUUGCACCAGCUUACACAAGCUUUGAAACAAAUGUUUAUAAAGAUAAGAGUCAACAACAACAAAAUUCACUUAGUUCUCCAUCUAAAGAACAACCAACAACUGCAGUUUAUGAUAUAAAGGAAAUACGUAAACGGAUUAUAAAAGGGACCACUUUACCUUAUCGACCAUCACACUCGACUAGCAACAGAAUACGUGGUGAUGGUGUAGGAUCUGAAACAUCGACUUCAGUAAGCGGUGUCAAAGUGAAAGGAAAAUUAAUUGCAAAAACCCCACUAUUAAAUGAUUAUGGAUUUUUGCAAUCAUCACAUACGUCUAUUAAUAUGACCACACCGGACUCUAAUCACAAACAAUUAUCCCUAACUGAUGUCGCAAAUAUAACAUCACCACUUAAAACUAAAACCCCACGUGCACAUAAAAAUAAUAGUGUGACAAAUCGUUCACGUACACAUCACACGACACCAAUUCAUUCACAACAACAAUCGAGUGUUUUUAGUUUAACACCACGUUUUAAUACAGUUGGUGAAACAACGAUAGUCUUUUAA